AUGGGCAUCGGCCAGUUGCGGAGCGAACCGGAAAAGGUGGCUCCGUUGUGCAUGUCGCAAUGCGGAUGUCGUGACGAUGAGCUGAAGAGUAUGGGCAGCAUCGUGGAGCUUGAAGUGGACGACGACGACCUUCCCAACUCUCCAGAUCGACCCCUCUGCUUGCCAUCGCCCAUGCCUACAGGGCAUGCAGGGCAUACAGGGCCUACACCCAUCCCAACCUGGCCAGUCUCGCCAACCUCGCCGGCCUUCCGAGCACCGCCAGCGGAAGUCCGGGGUCCGACGGUCUUCGAACUGGAAGGCUCCUGUGAAGUGACAGCGCUCUGA